UCAGUUCGUGUCGCGAGUGGAAAGUGAGUGAAACAACGGAGCAACCAGAUCCGGCAGCGGCGGAUAAUGCGGGGCAUCGUUCUCUUCGAAUGGAAUGCGGAAGGAGCAGAGCGGAACAGGGAUUAUCAUCGUUCGGGAUCAACGGCAAGGAACAUUCGUGGGAUCUUUCGUGGCGUUCUGAAUCGAUUUAUUUUCGCCUUUACAAAUGGAGAUAGUCAUCGACGGGUGAGUGACACUAAAGUUUUAUCUAUUAUUAUUUCAAUCCUACAAAUCACGAUCAGAUUUUUAACUCUUGACUCUCGAUUUGACAAACGCAUUGUAUCGCAUUUUAAAAAAUUCGCUUCUCAAAUUCUCGUGAAUCCGCGCAGUGAUUUUUCUUUUUUGUCAAUAUGUAAGUUCGACAGAGAAAAAAGCAAAAUCGAAAUCGACAACGCGAUUUGUGCGCGCGAUGCGACGAGCGCACAUGUAAAUAUUGAAAACGACGGUAUGGGUGGAUGACGUGUCGGUUUUUUCUCUAGAAAAGCAAUUACCUGAAAAACAGACAUUGCAGCGAUUUUUUUCGCGUGCGCACUAGGACAAAAAGUUUUUAUCCAUAAAUAUCGCGUAUUGUAUUGUGCGUGAGUUGCAUGCGCUAUUUCCCUUCGAUAGCAACUUUUUGCAAAUUCGGAUCUUUCCAUCUACUCGCGAAUCAAAUCAACAUUGUAAUAUAUAUGUAGCUUUUUCCGAAAAUCUUUUUCCAAUCUGCAUCGAGAUGAAUAUACAUCGAUCGAAACGUUAUCCAUUUCAAAACAGUAAAGUAAAAUGCAAGAUAUCACGAAACUAUAAAUUUCUCUUGAAAUUGUGGAUGCUUAAAAUGUGAAACAUUUACUUUGAUUAAAACCAUUUACUCAAAAAUUAACUUGAUGAGUCAUCAGUGAGAUAGAAUUGCAAUAUUGGAAUUUCCCUAUCAGAUAAUUUAAAUUAUUACUUAAUGAUUUAUUAUCUAUUGAAAGGUAAAUGAAAAGUGUGUCAGAUUCUUCAAUAUACGCGAUAUUUGUAAUGACAGAUCAUUGGGAACUUGAAAUUUGGAUUUGAAGAAUUUCUAAUCGCUAAGUGAAAUAGAAAUAUUUACUAAUUACUUAUUUACUUGUCGCGAGUGCAUAAUUCUGUCGAGCUGGAACAAAUUUUAAGAAUUCAUGAUGGAAAAAGAUUUAAAAAAAGGAAGGAAUACUUUCAAUAGUUAAAGUAUCCUUUAUUUCAUUCGUACAUUCUACAAAGCAACGAAUGACGUUGUUUGUUUUAUUUCCAAGAUAGCGCGAUUUCGCGCGCAGCGAUUGCAUUUGUAAUUAGCUCCCGUUGUUUUCCGUCGAACCGGCAGCAGAUCGUAAUGCAAAACGAUUUUCCCCGUUCGAUUCGCUAAAAUCGAAUCAACGUCACGAUACGUCUAUACAUCUUGCUGACCACGCUUACUCCGUUGAAGCUUUCCCUCCUCUAUCCUCUUUGUCUCUCUCUUUCUUUCUCUCUUUAUUUGUCUCGCUGCAUGGCGUGCAUAAACAUGCGUCGAUGCACGCGAUCACUCUGUAUGCUCCGUAUAUGGAUGUUACUAUACACGAAGCCAGCCUGCACAGCAGACGUCGAAUGAAUUUUGGAUUUCCUCUGCAUCACGUGCAUGCCUCAGUGUUUCUCAAACUCUUUUUCCUAUAUCAAAGAUUUUAUUUUAUUUAUUAUCUUUGUCUGUUCCUCUUGAGAAUACUUAGUUGAAAUUUUUAUGUCAACAUAUGUGGAGUGUUUGUAAUUAAUU